AACAUCUGCACUUCCCAAGGAGUCACCACUUGUCAGCAGUGCUUGGCCGUUCACCCUAGCUGUGCGUGGUGCUCUCAGGAGGUGUAUGGGCAGGGGGGCUCCAGCGCGUCCCGCUGCGAUCUGAAGCAGAAUCUGCUGGAUGGAGGGUGCAGCUCAGCAGCAGUUGAGUUUCCCUCCAGCACUCUGAAUAUUCAGGAGGACAAAGCGCUCAGCAGCAAGGCCUCUGGGACUGCCGAUGAUGUCACUCAGAUAAAGCCUCAGAAACUCCGCAUGACACUAAGACCAGGAGAUUCCAAGCAUUUCACUGUGACAGUGAAACAGGUGGAGGAUUACCCAGUGGACCUCUACUAUCUGAUGGAUCUUUCAUAUUCGAUGGAAGACGACUUGUAUCGCCUUCAAACCUUGGGCAGUGAGCUUGCCGCGACUAUGGGCCGCACCACAAGCAACCUACGCAUGGGGUUUGGAGCCUUCGUGGACAAGACCACGUCCCCUUACAUGUACAUGCACCCCCCAGAGGCAGUGAAAAACCCUUGCUAUGGAAUGGGCACGACAUGCCUGGCUCAGUUCGGGUUCAAGCACGUGCUGUCGCUGACGGAAGAGGUGGGUCGCUUCACUGAGGAGGUGGAGAAACAGAAGGUGUCUAGAAACAGAGACGCUCCGGAGGGUGGAUUUGAUGCUGUCAUGCAGGCUGUGGUGUGCAAGGACAGGAUUGGCUGGCGUUCAGAUGCCUCACACCUUUUGGUAUUCACCACUGAUGCCAAAACUCACAUCGCUCUGGAUGGACGUAUAGCUGGGAUUGUCCGACCCAAUGAUGGACUGUGUCACCUUGAUAGUGACAAUGUUUACAAUGAAACUACAGUGCUGGACUAUCCCUCUCUGGCACUCAUGACAGACAAAAUGUCUGAAAACAACAUUAAUUUGAUUUUUGCUGUGACCAGUGUUGUGGAGGAGCUCUACAGGGGGUACAGUAAGCUCAUACCAGGCACAACUGUGGGAAUGCUGUCCGAUGACUCUGGGAAUGUUAUUAAGCUCAUUGAGGAGGCUUAUGCAAGAAUUCGUUCUAAAGUGGAGCUGGAGCAACUGGGAGUCCCAGAAGAAUUGAACCUCUUCUACAAUGCCACUUGCCUCAAUGGAGAGUUUAUCCCUGGACUCAAGUCCUGCUCUGGCCUCAAGAUUGGAGACACAGUGUCAUUCAGCGUGGAGGCUCAGUUGCGUGGCUGUCCCAAAGAGAAGACCCGUACCUUUACCAUCAAACCUCGAGGCUUCAAGGAUGCCCUGGAGGUCACGGUGGACUUUGCCUGUACCUGCGACUGUGAGGCAAAGGCUGUACCUGACAGCCCCGUCUGUAACAAUGGCAAUGGGACCUACGAGUGUGGCGUGUGUCAGUGUCAUCCUGGUCGUCUGGGCCCACGAUGCGAGUGCUCCGUGGGGGACUACAGUCCAUCGGAUGAUGUCAACUGCAUCCCGAAGCCAGAGAGCCCGAUCUGCAGCGGGAGGGGUGACUGUUUGUGUGGACAGUGCUCCUGCCAUGCAAAUGAGUUUGGUCAGGUGUGGGGCAAGUACUGUGAAUGUGACGACUUCAAUUGCUUACGCUUCAAAGGGGCACUGUGCUCUGAUCAUGGGAAGUGUAGCUGUGGCAUCUGCCAGUGUGACGCUGGCUGGUCAGGAGAAAACUGCAACUGCUCCACAAUCACAGUCACCUGCACAUCCAGCAACAACCUGCUGUGUAGCGGCCGGGGUUACUGCAAUUGUGGGGUUUGUCAAUGCACUGAGCCUGGCGCUUAUGGAGACACCUGUGAGAAAUGCCCUACCUGUCCUGAUUCCUGCACUAUUAAAACGAAAUGUGUUGAGUGUCAACACUUUAAAAGAGGACAGUACAUUGACGACAACAGCUGUAGUCGAAUCUGCAGAGAUGAAAUCAAGGAAGUGGAUAAGCUGGGUUUCCAUGCCAGAAAUUCAGUGAAUUGCUCAUACAAAGAUGAGAAUGACUGCGUGGUUCACUUCCAGUACUACGAAAAUGAAAAUGGCAAAUCCAUUCUGUCUGUGGAAAGAGAGCCAGAGUGUCCUAAGGGUCCAGACACCUUGGUGGUGCUCCUGUCGGUGGCCGGAGCCAUUCUGCUGCUGGGGCUCAUUGGCCUGCUCAUCUGGAAGCUGCUGAUCACCAUCCAUGACCGUAGAGAGUUCGCCAAAUUUGAGGAGGAGAGAGCCAAAGCUAAAUGGGAUACGGCUAACAAUCCUUUGUACAAAGGAGCCACCUCCACCUUCACCAAUGUAGCGUACCGAGGCAACUAAUCAAUAAAUGCAAUGAGGAAAAACUCAGGGGUCAACGACAGAGAUGGAAUGUAGCAGCGAGGAAAUGGAUGGGAGGAAGAUCCUACACUGUAGCUGAAAAGCUGUCAACGACAUGGUGUAGAAGAUGUACAUAUUGUUAAAAUAACUAUAAAUGUUAAAGGUAUACUAUGCAGGAUUGUUGGUUACUGUUUCUAAACAUGCUUGCUAGUGAAACUGAAGGUAAAAGCUAACCCCAGAUUCACAGUCUGUUGCUGUCUUGCCUUGUGUGUUUUUCGGCACUGUGUCUCUUAGAUGCAUGCUGUUGCCACUGAUGGUUGCUACCUUUUUAUAAAGUACCAACCUCACCUGGGCACUAUGAGGGUACACGCUCAUAAACAUCCCGAGCACAGAAAAUAAGAAGAAAAUAAGUAAAUACAGGCAGAGGGCAGAAAAAUGCACCACUACACACUUCUAGUGGGUCUUGAGUGAUGAUUGACAUGGAGUGCUUUUUAAUCCUGCAUAGUAUAUCUUAAUGUAAGUCACAGACAGUUGCCUGCUGUUAGGCUUUCUGUUUUUACACUCUGUCAUGUAGUUUUCUCUAAGUACUGUACAUGCAGUCAGAUAGGAGUUCAUUAAUAUAAACAGCUGUACUGUCAGUUUACAGUAAGGGGAACUGCUGCUGAGAGUCUGUCACUUUGGUCGUUUUAGGAGACUCUUCUGCCAUUGCAAUAUUUGUUGUUCAAGUUUUGCUCACAUUUUCAAAAAGAAAUAGGAAUCACUGUGACCUCAAAGUGAUCAGUCAAUAUAGAAAAUCCAUCCAUCCACUUUUUUAAAGUCGUCUUCCACCGUGUUUGAUGUAUUAUUUACACCCAAGUCGUGUUUUUUGCAAAUUUUGUAAUUUCCUCCCACAGAGUGCAGCUGUUUUAAAGUUCCCUUUUAACUGAAUUAAAAAAAGGGGAAUUUCAAACGAAUCACUGCAGUUUAUCAAUACACUUAAAACGUGUACUAUAGAAUUUUAAUAAAUUAUUAGAACACGCUUUAAGAGUUUCCCUUAUAUUUUUGAAUGCAGACUUUUUUAGUAAUGAUUUUGCCAAUAAUGCAGCACUCUAUGGAGUUUUCAUUAACUGUACAAAGGAGUAAAUCACCUUAAAGGGACAGUUCACUCGUAAAUCAAACUUACAUAUUUUUCCUCUUACUGUAGUGCUAUUGAUCAGUGUAGAUUGUUUUGAUGUGAGUUGUUGAGUGUUGGAGA